AAGUUUUUGAUGGAACCGGAAGAAUGGCGGAAGUGGUGUGAUUGUCGCCAGGAACCAUGCUUACACGGAGGUGACCUUAGUUAUUUUUCGUGUUGUAAUGUAAAUCUGUGUGAUCGCACAAAUCCAAAUUGUCCGCGGACAGCGCCGAGCCGCCGCACGAGCCCGUCGCAGCUGAGAGAGAGAGCCGGUUUGAGUUAGAAGCCGCCGGGGCAGGGACAGCAGCAGAGAUGGCAGAGGCACACCAGGCGCGCAUGCAAAAUGUGGUGGAAGACAUGGUGCAAAGCCUGGAGAAGGACCAUAUCCGCAAAAUGCAAGGCCGCAUGUUCAAGUGCAGCGCGGAGUGCUGUGACCGCUCCGCAGACUCCAUGUCCCAGGUGCACCAGUGCAUCGAGCGCUGCCACACACCCCUGGCCAAGGCUCAGGGCCUGGUCACGUCAGAGCUGGAGAAGUUUCAGGACCGUCUGACCAGAUGCACAAUGCACUGCAAUGACAAGGGAAAAGACCUCUUCGACUCCGGGGCCAAGGAGCCAGCAGUGCGGGCCCUGAUGGACCGGUGCGUGGGUACCUGUGUGGACGACCACGUUAACCUGAUCCCCAGCAUGACCCGCAGACUCAGAGAGAAUUUGGACUCUAUACAGCAGUGAUGAUCGGGAGCAGGAUGGCUGCAGUCCAUUUUUUAGACAGCCGGGGCCCAUUCCACACACCACAGCAGGCAGGGUUAGUGGACUUGGUCAGUAAAGAGGGUGGGGGGAGGAGGGGGAGUCCAGCUUAAUAUGAAGUGAAACAGAAUAUGUGAUGUACUGUAUCUUAGUGAAGUGAUCAGGGUGAGACAAGUUACUCUGAAUGUUGCUGGGGAUGAGUGGUAUCGGCAUGCAUUUCACAAAUCUCAACAAACUGAAUGAACAAACGCGCUGUGAGACUUUUUAUUGUACUUAUCUGUGUAACCUCCCCUGACACGUGGAGCUGCAACAUCCUGGCAACAGUGUUCUCAGUUUAUUCGUGGCAUGGCAACAAGAAAAAGAGAUUGCAUCUGCUGUCAUGUAACUGUGUACGAACAGAGCAUGCCUGGUUGGUGUGCAGGUUUAAUAGCACGCCCCAGCAGUGUCAACCUGCGCUUCAUGGUUCAAAUUUUUGGAAACGCACAACAUGCCAAUGACACAUCUCAUGAACCUCAGCCCAGCCGCCAGAAACAAGAUGCUGAUGCUUUUCAUGUUUCUGCAAACCAACAGCUACACUGAAAUGUCCUUUCUGAACUAAAAAUAUGUAACCUAAAAUUCAUAGCCAGUGUGGUGGAGCCUGCUUCAGUGUCACAUCAACUGAGAACAUGAACUCAUUAGCUACUUCAGCCACUUUUGUUCUCUUCUUUAGCCACCAAAGCCACUUGGGUAAGGUUACGAAAAGGUUCGCUGUCAUGGUUUAGGUUAAGAAAAUAUUGGUUUUCAUUGGUAAGGUUAGGAAAAGGUUAGUCGCCAUUGUCAUGGUUAAGGUUAGGAAAAACAUGGCAUUUCAACAUAUCCCUGGUUUGCAGAAGCAUAAAAUGCCGACAUACUUUGGAUUGAAACUCCUCGGGCCCCUCCCACCUGUGUCUCUCAUCCGUCUCCGUUGUCUUGCUGUCAGAUUUCCAGUGUGUGCUGUGCUUGUCCUCCCUCGUCAUGAGAUCUGUUUAUAUUGAAAUUAAAAUACUUUAGAUGUU